CCCGGUGGUCUCUAAUUUGGAGUCUGUGGGUUUGGCUGGCGCUUAACGAGCAAGAAUAGCACCCGAGAUGCUGCUACAUAUUGGUGGGUAUACAUGAAGUGGUUGGCUCAGCUAAAGGAUAUGUGGCCGUAUGCCCCCACGGAGUACUCCGCAGAAGUGACUGAACACCUAUCGUUGAUUAUCCCAGGUGGCUUCUCAAGAUGGACAGAUGAACACUUACCACUUCAUCAUACAUAUAUCAAACGAACCUAUCUCGCAUAUAAUUACCUCCCGAACAUGCUCCGUAGUUUUCACUAUUUCUUUACCCAUCACACAGAUCGGGCAUGUGUAAUCGGCUGUUGUGUGGAUGGUUCGCUUUUUGAGCCCCAAUCAAGCUGCCAUUUUCGGAUACAUGCAUAUGCAUGGGCUAUUUGUCCCGUGGAUUUGUAUCGCGAAUUUGAUAAACCAAUUGAAGCUCUUUGUACCCUGUACAAUUUGAUAUUUGGCAAGGCUUCGAUAUAUUCCUUCCUAUCCCCAUAUGGUGACAUGACAGAGGGCUGUCUGUCAUCCUAAUUAGUUGUAUUAAAUUGCACAGCUUCAGCCACAAUAGCCCAUCCAGUCUCAGCACACUGAUCACAGGAAGAAAAAUACAUUGUGACUAUGUGCAGAUGCUAAAUGACUUAGUGCCUGUACAGCAGCCAGUGGAUUACGAGGUUUUCAAAGGAUCAAGAAAGCGUAAAACUCCGUGUCGGGGAGUCAAUUAUCCAGACUGCACGAGGCUAUAGGCGAGGAACUCAAAUAACACUAAAGACAGUGACA